AUGGAAAAGGUCGACGUUGAGAAGUCAGACAGCCCUAUAACUGUAGAGGCCGAGAAGCACGUCUCCAACGACGGUGCCGCCACCGCCGAGUCAGCGCAGGGGCAAGCAAAGGCUCGCCCCAAGCGAAUAGCUUCUUUCAAGGACUAUGUGCGAGUCUUCCAAUACGCAACGAAAUGGGACUUUGUCGCCUACGCCGCCGGCGUCAUUGCCUCCAUUGGCGCUGGCGUCACGUUGCCAUUGAUGAACGUAGUCUUUGGUCGCCAUGAACACGAGACUCACAGUGUUGCUAUAGGUAAUUUUGUUGGAAGUAUAAGCGACUUUACCAACGCCGCCAACCUAGGUCAGGAUGGCUUCCGCAAAAGGGCGGAUAAACUAUCCCUAUACAUGUUUGCUCUAUUUCUUGGUCGACUAGGGCUCAACUAUAUCAACAAGUUUGCUUUUCGAAUGAUUGGAAUCCGAAUCUCCUCAGCUAUCCGACUGCAUUACUUGACAGCACUGUUGGGUCAAAGCAUACAUGUGCUGGAUUCAAUGCCUCCCGGCUACGCCACCACAACAAUUACAUCCACCAGCAACGUGCUCCAGCUUGGCAUCUCGGAGAAGCUCGGCGUCUUUUUUGAGUACAAUGCCACCAUUGUUGCUGCCAUCAUCAUUGCAUUUACUCGGAAUUGGGCCCUCACGCUCGUUACGUCUUCGGCGAUUCUCUUCAUUGCCCUCACUGUAUCGGUGCUUUUGCCCAUCAUUGUCAAGGGCCACGGAAAAGUAACUCUCGCUGAAGCAAAAUCCUCUGCCGUCGCAAGCGAAACAUUUGCUAGCAUUCGUAUGAUUGCAGCGUGUGGCGCCGAGAGCCGCAUGGUAAAGAAAUACGGAAUAUCUGUUGAGGAAGCCAAAAAGCACGCUCAGCGUACAGCUCCAUUCAUUUCCCUGCAGUUUGGACUCAUUUUCUUCAGCGUGUUUUCCGCCUUUGCGCUUGCAUUCUGGUAUGGAACCAAGUCCGUGGCUGAAGGCCGAAUUGAUAAUGUUGGGACGAUUGUCAUCGUUUUGAUGUCCGUCAUGAUGGUCGUUUUCUCCCUAGAACGAACCACCACCCCUCUUCUCGCUGUCAGUAAAGCUACGGUUGCCGCUGCCCAGUUCUUUACCGUUAUAGACGCUCCCCAGCCGAAUAAAGGUCAUCUCACGGAAACCGAUGUUUCUGCCACGGAAGACAUUGUCUUCGAUAAAGUCACAUUCGCCUAUCCGAGCCGUCCCCAUGUCAAAAUCCUAGACGAGUUGGAUCUCCGCAUCGAGUCGGGUAAAAUCAACGCCAUUGUUGGGCCUUCGGGCUCGGGAAAGAGUACAGUUGUAGGACUGAUCGAAAGAUGGUAUACGCUUAAGGAACAAUAUGUCAUCGAGCAAGCUGUGGAACAGGAAAAGAAGAACAAGAAGAACAAGAAGAACAAGAAGUCGGUCGACGAGGAAGCAGAGGAGAUCAGAGCGCAAGAACUAGAAGAAACGGGCCCGCCGGUGAAACUUAGUGGUACACUCACAACGUGUGGCCAUGCUCUAGACGACAUCAAUUUGAAGUGGUGGAGAUCACAGAUUGGAUUAGUCCAGCAGGAGCCCUUCCUCUUCAACGACACAAUCUUCAAAAACGUGGCGAAUGGUUUGAUUGGUACGCAAUGGGAGAGCGAGUCUGAAGAGAAGAAACGAGAAUUGGUCAAGGACGCAUGUGUUGAAGCAUUUGCUGAAGAGUUUAUUGACAAGCUUCCACAGGGUUAUGACACCUUGGUUGGUGAUAGUGGUGCCAAACUCUCCGGUGGUCAGCGUCAACGUAUUGCCAUUGCGAGAUCCAUCGUUCGAAAGCCAAAGAUCCUUAUCCUUGACGAAGCAACCAGCGCGAUCGAUGUCCGUGGAGAGCGUAUAGUCCAAGCUGCCCUCGACCGCGUGGCUCAAAACCGGACAACAAUCACGAUAGCCCAUCGCCUGUCCACGAUCAAGAAAGCCGACCGGAUCAUCGUGAUUAAGAAGGGAAAAGUCGUAGAGGAGGGCAACCACGAAAGCCUUAUUGCGCUGGAUGGCGGUGUCUACUCCGGCCUCGUCCAAGCUCAAGCACUGUCGUUGGGAGGAUCACCCCAGUCCGACGAGAGCGAUGAAAAGGAAGAUGUUUACGAGGACAUGGUCCGCGAAAAAACCCAUGCCGUUACCGAAGCCGAGGCCCAGACUAGCGACAGCACCGAAAGGCAACGAAACAUCUUCAACAGUUUCGGCCGCCUUUUCUACGAGACCAAGAGCCACUGGUACUUGAUGUUCCUGACGGUGGGAUUCGCCGCCUGCGCUGGAGCUGCGGUUCCGCUGCAAGCCUGGCUGUUUGCCAAACUCAUUGUAGUGUUUCAGUUUACCGGACAGGAACUACUACAUGAGAGCCGGUUCUGGUCCCUGAUGUGGUUGGUGUUGGCGAUCGGCGUUGGCUGUGCUUACUUUGGAGCGCUCUUCUCUUCCACCCGGAUGGCAUCGAUUAUUCGCGCCAAAUAUCAGCAACAGUAUUUCGAAGCCAUUCUGUACCAAAAGACGUCCUUCUUCGACGACGAGGAUCAUUCUCAUGGUACCAUGACGGCCCGUGCUGCGGGAGAUCCCCAGCGACUCGAGGAACUCAUGGGCGCCAACAUGGCCAGCGUCUACAUCGCCAUUUUCAACCUCACCGGGUCCAUUGCCAUUGCCUUUUCCUUUGGGUGGAAGUUGGCCCUAGUCGGUGCUGCCGUCGUCAUGCCUAUUCUUCUCGCCUCGUCGUACUGGCGCUUCAAGUACGAAAUCCAGUUUGAAAAGAUGAACAACGAGGUGUUUGCAGAAAGCUCAAAGUUCGCCUCCGAGUCGAUUGGUGCCUUUAGAACAGUCACGUCUUUGACCCUGGAGGCCCCCAUAUCGCAGCGUUUCGAAACGUUGUGCAAUGGCCAUGUUAAGACGGCGUUCAAGAAGGCUCGUUGGGUUAGUCUCCUAUUUGGAUUUGCCGACAGCUGCACAUUGGCUUGCCAGUCUCUCAUCUUCUACUACGGAAGCCGCCUUUUGGUCAGUGGCGAGUACAAGAUUGAGAAUUAUCUCGUGUGCUUCAUGGCUAUUAUGAAUGCUUCCGAGUCGGCUGGCCAGAGUUUCGGGUUUGGACCAAACGCAGCACAGGUCACGGCCGCGUCGAACCGCAUCUUAAACACGAGGGAUACCAUGAUUCAAGGCAAGAGCUCUGGAGCAAAGAGUCUCCCUGAUUCUCAGGGAGGGAUGAAGAUUGAAUUGCAGGAUUUGCAUUUCAAGUACCCGACUCGAGACAUUCCCGUCUUCCGCGGACUGAACUUGACGAUUGAGAAAGGCCAGUUUGCAGCUCUUGUGGGAGCAUCUGGAUGUGGCAAGACGAGCAUCAUUUCCCUCCUAGAACGGUUCUAUGAUCUCGACAAAGGCCGCAUCUUGUGCAACGGCCAAGACAUCGCCGAUGUCAACAUCUUCGACUACCGCAAACAUCUCUCUCUUGUAGCCCAAGAGCCAACCCUCUUCCAAGGCACUCUCAGAGACAACAUCAUCCUCGGCGUCGACGAAACCACCGUCACCGACGAACAAAUCCACCAAGCCUGCCGCGACGCCUCCAUCCACGACUUCAUCGUCUCCCUCCCAGAAGGCUACAACACAAACAUCGGCUCCCGCGGCGUCUCCCUCUCCGGAGGCCAGAAGCAGCGCGUCGCGAUUGCCCGCGCGCUCAUUCGGAACCCCGAGAUUCUGCUCCUUGACGAGGCCACCAGCUCGCUCGAUUCCGAGAGCGAGAAGCUCGUGCAGGCUGCGUUUGAGAGAGCUGGAAAGGGCCGCACAAUGGUUGUGGUUGCUCAUAGACUGGCUACGGUGCAGAAUGCGGAUGUCAUUUUCGUUUUGGGAGAGGGCAAGCUGCUUGAGCAGGGGAGCCAUCUGGAAUUGUUGAAGAAGAAGGGCGUUUACUGGCAAAUGUGUCAAAGCCAGGCCUUGGACAGGUAA